UUUCAGGUUAUCAAGUUAUGUGGUUUGGAGGAAUGGUACAUGAAUAAAAUACUGGAUAUACGUAACAAGGAACUAAAAUUAUUGCUUAAAUCUGCUGUGGCACUUGGAAUAGAUACUUUUGCAUAUACUGCAUCAACUUUUUGGGUAAAGAACUUUAAUCUUCUGUCUUUAUUUAUCUAAAACUUAAACAAGAAGCUCUUUAAAAUGGAAAUUUAUCAACUUCAAAAUCCCUUUUUGAUAUCUGAUUAAGCCAAGUUUACAAUGAAUUAAAAUUAAAGCUAAUAAAAAACAUUACUUUGAGGUUGUUUUCCAAUUAAAACAUCAAAGCAUUAUUUCAUUUGCCUUAUUAAAGACUAUAUCACUAUUGGUGGGAUGCUUUGCUUAAAUCAAAUGCUUUCUCAUUUCAGAUAAUAUUUUUUACACUGCUGAUGUAUGUUUUAGUUGAUGAAAGUCACCAUAUAGAUGCAACUAGCACAUUUCUCACCAUAAACUUUAUCUUCCUCAUAAAAGGAGCAAUCAUUAAUUUGCCAAUUAACAUUAGAUAUGCAGUGAAGGUUUGA